AUUCAUCUCCAAAAUCGAAAGGGACAAAAGAGUUUCUAAUCAUUUUUUUAUUUUAAACUUUUUUCACAGUUUGUUUCGUGCUUAUGCUUAGAAAAAAUGUUAGUUGUCUAAUAAUUCUCGCAGUCCGCGUCCAUUUAAAUUCGUCAAAGGUGCAAUUCCACCGCUAGAAAUUUCUGACCAGGUUAUAAAGGGCAAAAUACAUAAACGAUGGGCAAUGAAUCUGUGGUGGAAUCAGAAUCGGGCAUGGAAAGCAGGAAAAACAGUUCGGAUUCGGGAACGAUGGAGUUCGAGAGUCCCCAAGCCCUUGACAAUGUUAAGCAAUUGGUCAAGCCCGAGAAAACUAACAAAAAACGAAUAUUGGAUGGUCUCUUUCAAGACCCACUAAAAAUAUCGCCGAGUCAACUAACUCAAAUCGUACUCGGUAAAAAUCCAAUUUCCGUAUUGAACGAAAUCUUUUCCACUCUGGCUUACGAAGUGGAAAGCAGGACCGGACCAGCGCACGAACCCUGCUUCGUAAUGUCGUUGAAAGUCAAAAAUAUCGAAGGGACGUUUUUGGGCACCGGCCCUUCGAAAAAAAUGGCCAGGAAUAGUGCGGCGCUAACCGCUCUCGCAUGUAUUUUUAAUUUAGAACAAGAGCCUAUAAGUGAUGGGAAGAAAAAGGAACUCUUAGCUCAGGCACUGUCAAGUAGCACUAGUGUUAUACUAGAAGACUCUUCCAAUGAAGAUGAUUUGAUACUUAAACGUAAAGGUAGUCGAAAUGGAGACAAGCCAAUCCUCAAACGCAAAAAGACAGAAAUCAACCUAACAGAAAAGAAUCCAGUGUCCAUCCUAAACGAACUUCGCGUGGGCUUAAAGUACGAAGUGGCUGGCGUGACAGGCCCACCGCACAAUCCAGUUUUCAGUGUCUACGUGAUAGUCGACGGCCUAAAAUACUAUGGAACGGGAAUUUCCAAGAAACUUGCCAGAUCCAAAGCGGCCGAACAUGCAUUGCAAUCCUUUGUACAGUUGCCUAACAAUGGCAUCCUCGUCCCUGCCAUCAAUGUCGGUUCGGAUGAAGACUUCACUAUUGAUAAAAUUAAGGAGGAAAGCAACAUGUCAGUUGUUAGCCCUCGAGAUAAGAAUCCUGUUAUGUUACUGAACGAACUUUAUCCUAAUGCGGUUUACAAUUUUACCUUAAAUGAAUCUGAUGUUGUCAAUAGAUUCAAAGCUACUAUUUCUAUUGAGGGAGACACGUUUCCUGGAACUGGUUCAAGCAAGAAAAACGCAAAAUCAGCUGCCGCAAGAAUUGCUUUGGCAAAGCUUAUCAAUUACACUCCAUCGGAUGGACAAAUAAAUGGACAUGGUGAUUCCGCUUCAAAUAUCUCCCGCGAAAAUAUGCUAAAAGCUGAUGAAAUUGGAAGGAUGGUGAAUGAUAAAUUUACAGAAGUUAUGGGCGGCGACAUUCAGCAUUCGCGUAGAAAAGUCUUAUCUGGUAUCGUAAUGACCAGAGGCCAGACCCUGGACAAUGCUGAAGUGAUUUGCGUCACGACAGGUACUAAAUGCAUAUCUGGCGGCUAUAUUUGCCUAAAUGGUACUUCAUUAAACGAUAUGCACGCAGAGAUUAUUGCAAGAAGAUGUUUGGUGAAUUAUUUGUACGAUCAACUGGUACUUCUCACAAAACCUGAUCUUGCAUCAACGUCAAUUUUUGUGGCAAGAGAUGACAAUUGCGGCUACAAGUUGGCCAAAGGAAUCGAGUUUCAUCUCUUCAUUAAUACGGCGCCGUGCGGGGACGCUCGAAUUUUCAGUCCGCAUGAAGACUCGGUCGUAGAUCGGCACCCGAAUAGGAUUUCUAGAGGUCAGUUGCGUACGAAAAUCGAAUCCGGCGAAGGUACAAUUCCGAUCAAGGGCUGUUCUGGAAUUCAAACUUGGGAUGGAAUUCUUCAGGGCGAACGACUUCUUACGAUGUCAUGUUCUGAUAAAAUAUGCAAAUGGAACGUCUUGGGCAUCCAAGGUGCUUUAUUGUCACAUUUUAUUGAACCGAUUUACCUCAAGAGUCUUGUACUGGGCGGAUUAAUGAAGGAACCACAUUUGUACAGAGCACUAUGCGGAAGAAUAGAAAAUACGCUACAAGGUCUGCCGCCUCCGUUCAAUUUAAACCGUCCAGAAACGUUGAGAUCCACAUCAAUGGAACAAAGGUUGGCACAGAAAGCGCCAAGUUUCGCCGUUAUUUGGACGCAAGGCAUGAGCCAACCGGAAAUAGUGUCAACCGAACGCGGUAAACCGGACGCUGGUAUGUCGUUGGUUUGCAAACAUCAGCUGGCCAAGCGGUUUUUAGAGGUCGCAGGCAAACUGUCUUCGAUUAGUACUGAUAAGCUUGUGUUAACAUCUUACGCUGAAGCCAAAGAAUCUGUCAAAACUUAUGUGUCUGCAAGAGAAGCCCUCUAUGAAGCAUUUAAAAAAGCGCAACUUGGCAGUUGGGUGAUGAAACCUUUGGAACAAGAUUUAUUCGAAUUCCCAGAUCUCAGCCAAUAGUUCAUAAUAAUGUAAGAAUAUUUUUGUGAUUUUUAAGUAAAUUAAGAUUAAGGUUAGAACAAUUAGUUGGCAGAGUACAAAAACUCAAGUUCCUUUUGAGGCAAAACUCGGAAUUUUUAGAGUUCCAUUACUUAAGGAUAUUGCUAGAAAAUAAUGUCGCUCAAAUAAUAUACGUAUUUGUCACACAUAAAAAUACUGCUUGAUAAAACAAAUUGGAUAAUUACAUUUAAUUUAUUCAAUCAAUUGGUAUAUACUUUUUUUAAUCCAAAUUGAAAUUGUGUAUGUUAUGGUCUUAAUUUUUAUUAUAGUACAUUUUGUUAAAUGUAUUUUAAUUUUUAACUCUUUGUACUAUAAUUGACCAUGAAAUAAAUUUUUAAGUUUUAGGACUUUAGUAUAUUGUUUGGCUGACACUGUUUUGGUAGCUGCUCUUGAAGUAAGAUAGUAUUUUAACAAAACAUCUUUUUUUUUUCCUUUAUUUUUAACUUCCAACCAACUACUUAUGUAUAUUGAGUUUUAGUUCAAGUCUUGCUUUUAGAGUAACUGCCCUCUCAUAAUUCUCCUUUUUUGUUUUUAGAAAGCUAAUAUAAGUAAAACAUUUAUUUUUUAUUAAUUUUUUUUCACAAAAUGUGUCAUUUUCUAACAGUAGGUAAUGUAAAUAAUUAUAUAGGUAAUAAAUAAUUACAUAGGAUAUCAAUUAUUUAAUUUAUUUAACCUUUGUACAAAUUAUAUACUAUGUAAACAAUUCUCUGAAAUAUUCAAUUUUCUACCUAAAAUAUUUUCAAAUUCGUUUUCCAACAACUUGUGCAAAUGUUGCCCAUCAUGUUUAUAAAUCCAACAUCCUUCUUUAACAACAUAAUCAAAUCGUUUCGGGCCAGACGUUGGGGAACUUAACCAUAUUUGCCUAUUGGGUGAUUGUCUGUUAAUCACAUAUGUCCCAUGUAUUCCCAAGUCUAUGUUUAAUACACCUGCCCCAUAAAUGACAUCUGCUUUUUCAAGUUUUGGUUCUGUGGCUACUAAUUCGUCAAAAUAUUCUGCUAGGGAGUUUAGGGUUUCUUCGCAUACCUUUUCAAAUGUGUUUGAAUCUACUAGGUCUUCGUUUACUAUGGUGGAAUAAUAAUUUUGAGGUGUUGAAUUAGGAGUUUGGCUUGGAUAAGGAACAUAUUUUGAUUGGAUUUUGCUGAAGUUGUAACUGGAUAAUGAUGAUAUCCUUCUGGUAUUAUUUAUUUUGGAAUUUAAUUGUUUGAAAUUUCUUAUUGUUAAUAUCCUAGUGGUUACUUUUCUAA